AACAACAGCAACAACAACAACAAAUAAUAGCGCAACUAACAAACUUUAAAACUCUAAAAAUCUUAAAAACAAUCUAAAAAUCUGCAAAUCUAGAAGUCAUACACAGCGACACACAAACACACACAUACACGCGUGCAUACAGACAUUGUACAUUGCAUUGCAAAUUAAAAGCAAAACAAGCAAAAAAAAAACAAGGCAAACCAACAACAAAAACACACAGACACGUAAGAAGUGCAAAAAGUGCAUAGAGAAAGAAAAUUGCAAUUUGUGUAAAUUUGCUAAGUUGAAGUGCAAAAUUGAAAAAUUUCAACAAAAAAAAAAAUCGCCCAAAAAAAGCUUAUAAAAAAAUUCGUAAAUCGCAAGUGAAAAAUCACUUAAAAAGUUAGAAAAAAAUGCUUCACUUCUAAAUAAAUAGCAAGUGUGUUUGUAUUAGUGUGCUGCGCUAUACGUGUGUAUGAAAAGUAUACCCGCGCGCCUCGUUCGCAAGCAUUGAAAAUUUUUAAAUCACAAAAAAAAGGAAAUCCAGCAACCGCGCUCCAACUACUCAGCGGCUAGUGCAGCAAGAAUCUGUAGCUGUAGCAGAAUCUGUGAAUAACCACUCCUCCUCCACGAUUUGCAAUAAUUGCGUGCUUGUAUGCGUCCCCGUAUAUGUAAGCCGAAGCUUGCACUUUAGUGUGCGCAAAAAAGUGAAAACUCGCUGAGAAAAAAUUUGCGUGGAAAAACUAGAAUACACCGUAGUCAUCGUUGAAGACUUAAAACUUUGUGUUUUUUUGGGAAAAAGUGAGUGAGUUGUUGCUACAUAAAUUUUGUGUUUGCCAAACAACCAACCAGCCAACCAACCAGAAAACUGCUGAAGAAAAAUUGAAAAAUACCGAUUGAUCGCCCAACCGUCGGCAAAGUGAAAGUGCAACGCCAGAACGUGUAAAAAUAACGGUGUAGCAGCAGCAGCAAUAUCCAACAGCAGUAGGGGCAAUUGAGAAAGACGUGCUUUGAACGCUGAUCCAAACAAGCAAGCAGACAAAGGUGGCACCAGCAGCAUCAGCAACAAACCAGACAACAGCCAACUAGUGUUAUACCAACGAAGAAGGAGAAUAAUACGAAGGAGUUAGACAAGCAAAAUAAUUGCUGAAAUUGCAUAUUGGAAGCAGACAACGAAGUGAAAAAGUGAAAAAUUCUUUGUGUGGAAUUUUUGCUCUUAAACUGCUGCUACAGUAAAGGCGAAAGCAACGCUUAGCAGACGCGGACUUGAUAUAAAGUCCAAGCAACCUAGCGAAAAAGCGAAAAAGCUAAAGCGUCAACCCGGCAGCGCGUGCAGCCAGCCGGAAGCCAAGCGCCACAGCCGAGCCACAGCUAAAUACACAUACGCUCAAGCGCUCCACGUAGCGUGCGUAUUAAGUAGAUUUUCAGUUGCGUUGUGCCCCAUACAGCAGUAGCGCUGGAAUACUUUAUUUCACCCCCCGGUCCAAUAAACGUCGCCAAAAUUAUUCACCAACAAACCAUCACCGACAUCAACUUCGCCACGGCGGCCACCAUGCCAUAUAAUGGCGCCAGCAAUGGCAGUGGUGGUGGCGGUGGCGGAGGUGGUGGCGGUAUAAGCGAUGGGCCGCAGAAUAAGAAGAUACGCACCGGUGUACAGCAGCCGGGCGAAACGGAUGCACAUCUUCAUGCAAGGGCGGUCGUACAACAGAGCCAGCAACAGGCUUUACUCAACAAAUCCAAUGAUGAUCUGCGACGGAAACGCCCGGAAACUACGCGGCCAAAUCACAUUCUACUCUUCACCAUCAUAAAUCCAUUCUAUCCCAUCACAGUGGAUGUUUUGCACAAAAUUUGCCAUCCCCAUGGUCAGGUGCUGCGCAUUGUCAUCUUCAAGAAGAAUGGCGUACAAGCAAUGGUUGAAUUUGAUAGUCUUGAAGCGGCCACAAGAGCACGUGAGAAUCUAAAUGGUGCCGAUAUUUACUCGGGCUGCUGCACUUUGAAAAUUGAUUAUGCCAAGCCAGAAAAAUUGAAUGUAUACAAAAAUGAGCCAGACACCAGCUGGGACUACACACUUACCGCAGUUAAGGAGAUUGGAAACGGUCGAUCACCGCUGCUACAAGAGCCGCUCUAUGGAACACGCCCACAGCCCUACAUUGGCCUCAUAUCCACACCAACCAAUUUUUGUCAAUUUAAAGAGCCCCCACUGCUGGGACCCGGUGCUGCUUUUCCACAAUUUGGCGCAGCUGAAUUCCAUCCCACCACACCGGAGAAUUGGAAGGGCGCAACCAUACAUACGACCGGACUGAUGAAGGAGCCAGCUGUGGUGCCGGGACGCAAUGCACCGGUCGCAUUCGCCGCACAGGGACAAGGACAGGAAAUUAUACCUUCUCUCCAGGGUGCUGUCAUGAUGGUUUAUGGUUUGGAUCACGACACAUCGAAUACAGAUAAAUUAUUCAAUUUGGUCUGCUUAUACGGCAAUGUUGCAAGGAUUAAAUUCCUGAAAACCAAAGAGGGCACCGCCAUGGUACAAAUGGGCGAUUCGGUCGCCGUCGAACGCUGUGUCCAACAUUUGAACAACAUUCCCGUCGGCAAUGGUGGCAAAAUCCAAAUUGCCUUCUCCAAACAGAAUUUCCUGUCCGAAGUUAUAAAUCCAUUUUUAUUACCCGAUCACACACCCAGUUUUAAGGAGUAUACCGGCUCAAAGAACAAUCGCUUCCUGUCGCCAGCACAGGCAAGCAAAAAUCGCAUACAACCACCGAGCAAGAUUCUGCACUUUUUCAACACACCGCCUGGCUUGACCGAAGACCAGCUUAUAGGCAUUUUCAAUAUCAAAGAAGUGCCCGCCACAUCGGUGCGAUUAUUCCCACUUAAAACGGAGCGUUCCUCAUCGGGUCUAAUUGAGUUUCCCAAUAUUUCACAGGCCGUUUUGGCCAUCAUGAAGUGCAACCAUCUGCCAAUCGAGGGAAAAGGUACCAAAUUCCCAUUCAUCAUGAAACUCUGCUUCUCAUCGUCGAAGAGCAUGAAUGGCGCUUGGAAUAAUGCCACCAAUGAGGGUAUGAUCGAGAAAGAGAAUGAAGCGGAAGUUAAAACGGCGGACGUAUAUAAUUGAGAUUUAAUACAAAUCCUCUAAGCUUAAAAAGCAACAACAAGAACACAACUAUCAACAUACAUAUAUAAAUAGAUGACACAACAUUGACAGCAAACAAGAUUACAUAAAAAAUAAAAAGCAAAUACAACAAUAAAAA